AGCACAGCAAGAGGGAGAGGGAAAGGCACUCCCAGCCAUGGGCUCGGGGUGUGGGAGACCUAGGGGGUCUCCCGUGCUGCUAUUGCUGCCGCUGUUGCUUCCCGCGUGUCCGCUGCGGAGCGCUCGGAUGUUUCCAGGAAAUGCCCACGGAGAGCUAGUCACUCCCCACUGGAUCCUGGAGGGUGGACUCUGGCUCAAGGUCACCCUGGAAGAGCCGAUCUUGAAGCCUAACUCGGUGCUGGUGGCUUUAAAGGCUGAAGGCCAGGAUCUCCUGCUUGAAUUGCAGAAGAACCACAGGCUCCUGGCCCCAGGAUACACAGAAACCCACUACAGCCGGGAUGGGCAGCCCAUAGUGCUGUCCUCCAACCACACGGAUCAUUGCCACUAUCACGGGAAUGUGAGAGGCUUCCGGGAAUCCUGGGUAGUUCUCAGCACCUGCUCUGGGAUGAGUGGCCUUAUUGUGCUCAGCAGCGAAGUCAGCUAUUAUCUGCACCCCCGGACUCCUGGGGACACCAAAGACUUCCCAACCCACAAGAUCUUCCGGAUGGAACAGUUGUUUCCCUGGAGAGGGGCCCGGAGAGACAAGAACUUCCAAUACACAGCCGGAAUGGCCAGUCUUCCUCAUGUCCCCGAGAGCCGGGUGAGGCGAGAGGCCCGCAUGAGUCCCAGGUACCUGGAACUAUACAUAGUGGCCGACCACACCCUGUUCUUGCUUCAGCAUCAGAACUUGAACCACACAAGACAGCGCCUCCUGGAAGUUGCCAAUUGUGUGGACCAGAUUCUCAGGACUCUGGAUAUUCAGUUGGUGUUGACUGGGCUGGAAGUGUGGACCGAGCAGGAUCUCAGUCUCAUCACGCAGGACGCAAACGAAACACUCUGGGCUUUCCUACAGUGGCGUCGUGGGGUGUGGACCAGGAGACCACACGACUCAACGCAACUGCUCACGUGGGUGCCAUUUUCACACACACACACACACACACACACACACACACACACACACACACACCGGUUGAGGGAGGUCCUUAUUUCCAGUUCCACCCAGUCACGCCCUGCUCCCCCCAUCCUUAGGGGCCGCACCUUCCAGGGUACCACUGUGGGCCUGGCGCCCGUGGAGGGCAUGUGCCGUGCAGAGAGCUCCGGAGGUGUGAGCACAGACCACUCGGAACUCCCCAUCGGCACAGCAGCCACCAUGGCCCACGAGAUAGGUCACAGCCUGGGCCUCCACCAUGACCCAGAGGGCUGCUGCACGGAGGCAAACGCAGAGCGAGGAGGCUGCGUCAUGGAGGCAGCCACAGGGCACCCUUUCCCGCGCAUCUUCAGCGCUUGCAGCCGCCGCCAGCUGCGCACCUUCUUCCGCAAAGGGGGCGGCGCGUGCCUCUCCAACACCUCGUCUCCGGGGAUCCCGGUGCUGCCCAACCGCUGCGGAAACGGCUUCGUGGAAGCAGGAGAAGAGUGCGAUUGCGGUUCUGACCAGAAGUGCCCAGAGCCCUGCUGCUUUGCCCACAAUUGCUCCCUGCGUGCGGGGGUGCAAUGCGCCCACGGUGAUUGCUGUGCGUGGUGCCUGCUAAAACCGACAGGCACGCCUUGUCGUCCGGUUGCGAGUGACUGCGACCUCCCGGAGUUCUGCACCGGCACCUCCCCGAAUUGUCCUGCAGAUGUUUAUCUUCUGGAUGGUUCACCCUGCGCUGAGGGGCGCGGCUAUUGCCUAGACGGCUGGUGUCCCACGCUGGAGCACCAGUGUCAGCAGCUAUGGGGGCCUGGAUCCCAGCCGGCCCCCGAGCCGUGUUUCCAGCAGAUGAACUCCAUGGGGAAUUCGCAGGGGCAUUGUGGCCAGGACAGCAAGGGUGGCUUCGUGCCUUGUGCGCAGAGGGACGCACAGUGUGGGAAGCUGCUGUGCCAGGGAGGGGAGCCGAACCCACGAGUGCCGCACGUAGUGACUGUGGAUUCCACAAUUCUCCUAGAGGGCCGCGAAGUGGUUUGCAGAGGAGCCUUUGUGCUUCCUGAGAGUCACCUGGACCAGCUCAACUUGGGUCUGGUGGAGCCAGGCACCCGCUGUGGACCUAGAAUGGUGUGCCAGGAUAGGCACUGUCAGAAUGCUACCACCCAGGAGCUGGAACGUUGCUUGACUGCCUGCCAUAACCAUGGGGUUUGCAAUAACAAUCAUAACUGUCACUGUGCUGCUGGCUGGGCUCCACCCUUCUGUGACAAGCCUGGCUUGGGUGGAAGCAUAGAUAGUGGCCCUGUACAGUCCGCAAACUCAGAUGCCUUCCCGUGGGCCAUGCUCCUCAGCUUCCUGCUGCCUCUGCUCCCUGGGGCUGGCCUAGCCUGGUGCUACUACCAGCUCCCAACACUCUGCCAUCCACCGGGACGGUGCUGCAGGAGGGACCCCCUGUGGAAUAGGGACCAACCCCUGGGCAGUGUGCACCCUGUGGAGUCUGGCUCCAUCACCACUGGAGAGCCCUCCUUCCAGACCCCAGGGACCUCUUGCCAACAGCCUUUGCAUCUUCCAUCUCUUGAAUUGUCCUCAGACCCUGAGAACUCUGGGCUUACCUAAGAACUACCCCCUGAAGCCUGUGCCACGCAGACCUGCCUGAUCCCUACGCAUGAGAUUCCUGGGGAAGUUUCCAUUGCAGCAUCAGGCACAGUAGCAGAGCUGGACACUGAGGGCUGAGACUCAGACGCAGAUCACAAACUGGAAGCAGAGAGAGCAAACUGGAGAUUGUGGGAGACUUUGACACCUCAGCUCCUGACGCAGCAAAUGCCCUUCCUCCAGCAAGGCCACACCUCUUAAACCUCCCCAAACAGGGUCACCAACUGGGGACCUAAUAUUCAAAUGCCCACAAAUAUGGAUGACAUGACAUGACAUUCAAACCACCAGGACAGGUGUAUACCUCCAUACUUGGUUUAUGUAGUAAGAAACAUUAAAUGUUAAUCUUUCUUAAUAAACUAGUGAAAAACCCA